CCCAGGCACAUCACAGUUCACCCUCUUGGCUCUCCCUCCUAACAUCCACACUGCCCUUUUCACUUUUUUUUUUUCCUUUCAUCAUAAUUCCAACGCUUUAAAUUUCGUUCCUCUUAUCAAGUUUGAUAAAAUCUCCCAUUUGAAAUGGCUGUUGAUUCUGCUCUCUCAUCUCCGCUGGGUCCACCAGCAUGCGAGAAAGAUGCAAAAGCUUUGCAAUUCAUCGAGGAAAUGACUCGAAAUGCCGAUUCUGUUCAAGAAAGAGUUCUGACAGAAAUCUUAAGCCGAAACUCCCAAACUGAGUAUCUUAGAAGGUUCAAACUCAAUGGUGCAACCGACCGAGACACUUUCAAGUCCAAACUUCCAGUGAUUACUUACGAGGACCUUCAGCCUGAAAUCCAGCGUAUUGCUAAUGGUGACCGCUCUGCCAUUUUAUCAGCCCACCCCAUCUCAGAAUUUCUCACCAGCUCCGGGACUUCAGCUGGUGAGAGGAAACUCAUGCCAACAAUUAAAGAAGAGCUAGAUCGCCGUCAAUUGCUCUACAGUUUGCUCAUGCCAGUAAUGAAUCUUUAUGUGUCAGGUUUGGACAAAGGCAAGGGACUAUACUUCUUGUUUGUGAAAUCAGAAACGAGGACUCCAGGUGGUCUCUUGGCUCGCCCUGUGCUUACCAGCUACUACAAGAGUGACCAUUUCAAGACACGACCAUAUGACCCUUAUAAUGUUUACACCAGCCCCAAUGAAGCCAUCCUCUGUCCCGACUCCUUCCAGAGCAUGUACACCCAGAUGCUCUGCGGUCUCCAGGAACGCCAACAAGUUCUCCGCGUUGGCGCGGUGUUUGCCUCAGGUCUACUCCGCGCAAUCAGGUUCCUUCAGCUGAAUUGGCAACAACUCACUUACGAUAUCGAAACAGGUGCCUUGAAUCAAAAAAUCACCGACCCUUCACUAAGGGAAUGCAUGGCUAAGAUCCUGAAACCCAACCCUGCGCUUGCUGAGUUUGUUCGCCAAGAAUGUUCAAAGGACAGCUGGGAGGGAAUCAUUACAAGAAUUUGGCCCAACACAAAAUACCUUGAUGUUAUAGUAACUGGAGCUAUGGCACAGUAUAUCCCAACCCUUGAUUAUUACAGCGGUGGUUUACCUUUAGCAUGCACCAUGUACGCUUCAUCCGAAUGUUAUUUUGGUUUGAACCUUAACCCCAUGUGCAAACCAUCGGAAGUUUCUUAUACCAUCAUGCCAAACAUGGCACACUUUGAGUUCUUACCCCACGAGCCUAACUCAGCUGGUUUCACUCGUGACUCGCCUCCUAAACUCGUUGACCUUGUGGAUGUGGAGGUUGGGAAAGAAUAUGAGCUUGUGAUCACAACCUAUGCAGGAUUAUGCAGAUACAGAGUCGGUGACAUUCUCCGAGUCAGUGGAUUCCACAACUCGGCCCCGCAAUUCCAUUUCGUAAGGAGAAAGAACGUGUUACUCAGCAUUGACUCAGACAAAACCGACGAGGCCGAGUUACAAAAGGCAGUUGAAAACGCUUCUCAACUCUUGCGCGGGUUCAACACCAAUGUCGUUGAAUACACGAGUUACGCAGACACGAAAACAAUUCCAGGUCACUACGUGAUAUACUGGGAAUUGUUAGUGAAAGACUCCGGUAACUCACCUAGCGAUGAGGUCCUGAACCAGUGUUGUUUAGCAAUGGAGGAGUCCCUAAACUCAGUGUACCGGCAAGGCCGAGUUGCGGAUAACUCAAUAGGCCCACUAGAAAUCCGCGUGGUAAAAAGUGGCACAUUUGAAGAGUUAAUGGAUUACGCCAUAUCAAGAGGAGCGUCCAUCAAUCAGUAUAAGGUUCCAAGGUGUGUGAACUUCACACCAAUCAUGGAGUUGCUCGAUUCUAGGGUGGUAUCGGCGCAUUUCAGCCCAGUUUUGCCACACUGGAACCCAGAAAGGAGAAGGUGAUUUACUGAUUCAUUUAGGUAACGACCAGAGAUCAAAUCAAUGAGAUGAUUAUAUUUGUAGAUUCUCUUUGUUUUCAUUUUUUAAUCUACUUGAGUUUUAUUUUUUUCCUCCGUUUUGGAGUAGCUUUUGGUGAAAGAUAAAAGUGUAAGUUGAUUAGGAUGUUUCAAGAUCAGGUUUGUAUUUUGAUUCAAAGGAUGUGAAUUGACGCUGAUGGCUGUCCACUGAAUUGUUUCUUUCAUGUAAUGGAGCAGAUAAGGUUUGAUCUUUUGCA